CUUAUUACGUACUUCUUAUAAAGCUGAACUGACCGGAUAUAUUGAUCCUCAUGUACUUGCCAAAGCAUCAGAAUAGCAGCAAGGUCGCCAUGAGAGAUCAGAUCAUGGAUAAGUCUUUCAUCUUCAUUUGCCUCCUCCUGCUAACAAUCAUACCGGUUACUCUCCAAGAAGUGCAGAAAAAGCCGAUCAAGAAGCACGAGCCCUGCAAGCGGAUCGUGCUGUACUACCAUGACAUCAUCUUCAGGGGCAAUGACCCCGUGAAUGCCACAUCAUAUGCAGCCACAAAUGCAUCGGGGAUAGGUUCGUUUGAUUUUGGCAAGGUGGUCGUGUUCGAUGACCCGAUGACAAGAGAUCAGCACCUGACGUCCCCGCCAGUUGCGCGGGCCCAAGGUAUGUACUUCUACAAUGUGAAGUACGCGCCCAACGCGUGGUUUGCCUAUAGCGUGGUCUUCAACUCAAGCGAGUACGAAGGAACGCUUAAUAUCGUGGGAGACGAUAUUAUAACAGAGAAGACCAGGGAUUUGUCUGUCGUGGGUGGGACAGGAGACUUCUUCAUGACCAGAGGGAUCGUGACUUUUGAGACGGAAAAUGUCGAGGGGACUAAGUAUUUUCGCUUGAAAAUGGAUAUUAAGCUAUACGAGUGUUAUUAGACAGGUGCAUAUUUAGUCGAACCUUUAUGCGUGUGGAUAUAUCCCUCGACGUAAGCAUAUUUUAUUGUACUUCAUUAGAUAUGUAUACUAUUUAUAGUCUCUUUCUCUCUGUUUUUUUUUUUUUUAAAAAUUAGAAUUCAUAGUCUCUUAUUAGAUCCGUGAAAAUGCAUCAAUCCAUGGAUGAAUGUG